UACUGGGACUCAAGCUGCGCUGAUCCUCCACUUUCCGGCACUAGCCAGGAGUCCGCCUGCUGCCUCAACUUUAUCACUGCCACCUGUUUCUCUCAGAAUAACACAACGGCAUUAAAGAGUUCAGGACAAGCUGACCAAAGCAAAGAGCCGAGACAAGACACUGACGGUUUCUUGUAUCACCUUUUCGACAACCAUCCCCUCCACCCCUUUCCCGAGGGAGGCCAGGCUCCGCAACAGGGCGCACUUGGCGACCAGGUUUGUUGUUGUUGUUACCAGGAGAGGAGCGCUCAGCGAGCUGAGCCAUAGUCGGGACAACUCUCUUUAAACCGGGCUGCCCCCCUCAGAGGAGUCACUUGCAUGGAUGUACCAUGGCCACGUUUGUCUGCAGGGUUCAGUUUUUAGAUGACACCGAUCCGUUCAACAGCACAAAUUUCCCAGAACCGACGAGACCACCGCUGUACACCUUCAGGGAGGAUAUCCCCCUCAUCAACCAGCUUGCAGGAGUCCACCGGCUCCUCAAAGCUCCACACAAGCUUGAUGACUGUACACUUCAGCUCUCCCACAAUGGCACCUAUCUGGACCUGGAGUCCUCUCUAGCUGAGCAAAGGGAUGAGCUGGAGGGCUUUCAGCAGGACGUGUCCAGAGGGAAGAAGCACAGUGUUAUUUUACGUACCCAGCUGACCGUCCGUGUACACGCCUGUAUCGAAAGACUGUAUAACUCCAAUGGACGUGACUUGAGAAGGGCACUGUUCUCUCUAAAGCAAGUUUUUCAGGAUGACAAAGAUCUGGUUCAUGAGUUUGUGAUGGCUGAAGGUCUGACGUGUCUCAUCAAAGUGGGAGCAGAAGCCGAUCAGAACUACCAGAACUACAUAUUAAGGGCUCUGGGGCAGAUCAUGCUGUAUGUGGAUGGGAUGAAUGGUGUCAUUGGCCACACUGAGACAAUCCAAUGGCUGUACACUCUUGUUGGCUCAAAGUUCCGUCUGGUGGUGAAAACAGCACUGAAGCUGUUGCUGGUGUUUGUGGAGUACUCGGAGUCCAAUGCCCCACUGCUCAUAAAAGCCAUCGCCUCUGUAGACACCAAGAGAGGGUACAAGCCAUGGUCCAAUGCUAUGGAGAUCUUACAGGAGAAGGAUGGAGUGGACACAGAGCUGCUGGUCUAUGCCAUGACCCUCAUCAAUAAGACUCUUGCAGCCCUGCCUGACCAGGAUUCAUUCUAUGAUAUGGUGGAUGGUCUAGAGGAACAGGGCAUGGAAACAGUAUCCCAAAGACACCUGGGGAGGAAAAGGACUGAUCUGGACUUGGUUGAGCAGCUCAACAGCUAUGAGAUGACCCUACAGCAUGAAGAUGGUGAUGAUGACAGCCAGCCUCCACCAAUGGGACGCCGUGACCGCCGACGAGCCAGCCUUGGGGGCGGGGAUAAAAGGUGUGGCCUGGAGAGAAGGCGUAGCCGCAGAGCCUCUCUUGGACGAUCUGGCCACACCUCCCCCCGCAGCCCUGCAUCCCCACAGAGAGCCGGCUUCGAGCCCUUCGGAGGACAGAAAGUCGAUGAUAUGAAGGAGGAAUGUGAGGAUGAGAUAGAGGAGGAGGCUCCGAUCACUGAGUCUGAUUCGGAUGAGCAGGAGGGGGCUGAUACAGUGUCUAAUCAGACCGCCUCCAGGCAUCUUCCAUCUAUCGUUCAGCAAACAACCCUCCAGUCCAUCACCAUCACUUCCAGAAAGGAGAAUAAAAAAGAAGAUGAGCAGAGGGAUCGGACUGAAUCACCUCCAGCACCCAUCCUCCACUCUCCUUCCACCCCCACCUCCUCUCCUCCCAUCUCCUCCCCUCCCAGUCCCCCGGCCCAACCCUCCCUUCUGGCCACCCUGCUGGCCAGGAAGAGGUCUAUCAUCACCGUCCCCGCUACCAAGGAGGUCAGCCCGCCAUCACGUGGUAGCUCCCAUCCCUCCCCUAUCCAGCUGCCCUACCUGCCCCACUCACCCUUCCACCUCUUCUCCUAUGACCUAGAUGAGGAGCCGUCACCCCCGGCUCCUCCCAAACCCAAUGAGGAGUCGCCCAAAUCAUCUUUCAGGAAUGGCGGUCUCAUGUCCUACCUGUCUCUCAGCAGUUCGAGUACACCCACCAACUCCAGGCCUGCUCUGGGAGGUCUUCUUUCCUCUUCUUACCGACAACAUCAGGAAUCUCUGGCAGCUGAACGAGAGCGCCGCCGUGUGGAAAGAGAGGAGAGACUGCAAAGGAUAGAGAGAGAGGAAAGGAACAAGCACAGCCGCGACUAUAUGGAUAAAAUGGAAGAGGCCAGGCUUGCGCGGGAGGAUAGGUAUAAGAACGUGGAGCGUCUGGCGGCAGAAGAAUAUGAGAAAGAGCGUGUCCGGGUCUCAAGGACUCGCCCUGACCUCAGCCUCUCCUUUGAACCUUCAGAGCCCUGGCCCUCGUCAUCAUGUAGCAGCACCCCAUCGUCCUUGGCCUCCCUGGAGGACGCAGAGACUGACCUUGAAGCUGGGACCCCCGCCGCCCCUUACACACCUUCUGAGACUGGAGAGGCUGAUGACUCCUGUGCUAGUAUAGAAACAGUGGAAAAAGAGACAGAAGCCACCGCUGUAGAGGAAGAAGAACAGGAAGAACAGGAAGUGCAGGAGGAAGCACCAACAGAAAAGGAGGAAGAGGUUGAGGAGCAUGAGCAGGAACCGGAAAAGGAGAGAGAAGAGGUGGAGGAGGACAGUGGCAUCCUAAGUGACAAGGAACGACAGAAUGAGGAAGUAAAUGAGAAGGACAACUGCUCGGCCUCCAGCAUUUCCUCCGCCAGCAGCACUCUGGAGAGAGAGGAAAGGGGGAGCGCUGAGAAUGGCUUUAAAGAAGCAGAGGUGAAUGAGCAGUGCAGCAAACUCCUCAACAGCAAACUCAUCAUGCUGGACAUGCUCUUCUCCCAGAGCAAGAAGCCUGGUGAUGAAGAGGAGGAGGAGGAAGAUGCAGAGAGGGAGAAAGAAAACAGAGAAGGGGAAAACAAAGAAACUGAGGAGGCUGCUGACAGGCAGCUGGGCAGUGACCAGGUGAGCGACAACAGGCCUGAUAAAUCAGAGCACCAUGGCAGCAUCCGCCCGCUUGCAGAAAGAUUUGGAGACUUGAUCAAGGACAUUGGUUCACCUCUCCCUUGCCCAGAUGGCCCAGUCAGUGAGCCCCCUCCUCCCCCACCCAAAAAGGAAUCGGACACGAUCUGGGACCAGCUCCUGGCCAGCCCUCGAGAGCUGUGCAUUGGGGACAUCAACUUCACUGACCUCACGGAGGACGAUGACACGGACAUUCUGGAUGCGGUUUUGAUGGGAGGAUGUGGUGACCUCCCACCCCCACCUCCUCCUCCACCCUGCAUCCCCUGCUUCCCUCCACCCCCACCAAUGCCAGGCAGUUGCCCCCCACCACCUCCCUUGAUUGGGAUUAUGAGGCCUCCUCCUCCACCUUCUUUUAGUGUCUCCAUUCCAGUGCCUCCUCCCCCAGAGCCGCCUCUAUUCAGCAAGAAGAAGAAGACAAUCAGGCUUUUUUGGAGCGAGGUGCGUCUGACAGACUCCCAGUACAGGGACUACAAGUGGAGUGGAGACUCAUUCUGGUCCAAACUGGAAACAGUAAAGUUGGACACAGCUAAACUGGAACACCUGUUUGAGUCAAAGUCAAAAGAAAUACCAGUUACAAAGAAAACAGCAGCAGACGGCAAGCGUCAGGAGAUCAUUGUUUUGGAUUCCAAGAGGAGUAACGCCAUUAACAUCGGCCUGACAGUGCUGCCUCCACCUCGCACGAUCAAGACGGCCAUCCUUAACUUUGAUGAGUAUGCACUCAAUAAGGAGGGUAUAGAGAAAAUCCUGACAAUGAUUCCCACAGAAGAGGAGAAGCAGAAGAUCCAGGAGGCCCAGCUGGCUAACCCUGACGUCCCACUGGGCUCAGCAGAGCAGUUCCUCCUCAUUCUGUCCUCCAUCAGCGAGCUCUCUGCCAGACUCCAGCUCUGGGCCUUCAAGAUGGACUACGAGGCUACAGAGAAGGAAGUAGCAGAGCCACUGCAGGAUCUGAAAGAGGGUAUGGAGCAGCUGGAGAAGAACAAAACUCUAUGUUACAUCCUCUCCACGUUGCUCUCAAUUGGAAACUUCCUCAAUGGCACCAGUGCUAAAGGCUUUGAGUUGACGUAUUUGGAGAAGGUCCCAGAGGUGAAGGACACAGUCCACAAACAGUCUCUUCUGCAUCAUGCCUGCUCUGUGGUGGUGGAGAACUUCCCUCAGAGCACAGACCUUUACUCAGAGAUUGGAGCCAUCACACGAUCUGCAAAAGUGGAUUUUGACCAGCUGCAGGAGAACCUGUGUCAGAUGGAGCGCCGAUGCAAAGCUUCAUGGGACCAUCUGAAGGUGAUUGCCAAGCAUGAGGUGAAGCCUCAUUUGAAGCAGAAGAUGUCUGACUUCCUCAAAGAUUGUGCUGAGAGAAUUAUCAUCCUCAAGAUCGUUCACCGCAGAAUCAUCAACAGGUUCCACUCAUUCCUGUUGUUCCUCGGUCACCCAGGCUACAGUGUGAGGGAGAUAAGUGUCCACAGGUUCUGUAAAAUCCUCAGCGAGUUUGCACUGGAGUACCGAACCACAAGAGAACGCGUGCUGCAGCAAAAACAAAAGCAGGCCGACCACCGCGAGCGCAACAAGACCCGAGGAAAGAUGAUCGUGGACGUCAGCAUUCCAUCUGAUGAUGAAGAGGAGCGUGAGAGUGGUCAGUAUGGCUCCAGCAGCAACAACAGCGCACCUAGUGGCAGCCAGGAGAGCAAGCAGCCUCAGGGCCUGGACCAUGCUGAGGAUGCUGCAGAGCAUGAGCACAUGAAAGCAGUGUUGAGAACAAGCCUCAGCGGUAGCGAAAAGGAAGUACCUGGGGUACCAGGACUUCGGACACGGACCAGAUCCCGCCCUGGGCGAGGAGGUCACAGUAUGCAGUCAUGGACACCAGCUGUAGAAGACACUCAGAUUGGUGGAGAUGACGCUGCAGAUGAGAUCAUGGAACGUAUCGUGAGGUCGGCCACUCAGGGUCCAGGAACCAGAGCUCAACCCAGAGAAAGAAGGAGGUCCAGGGCUAACCGCAAGUCAUUACGGCGGACUCUGAAGAACGGGCUGACCCCAGAAGAGGCUCUUGCUUUAGGACUAACAGAUUCUCCAGAUACACAGAUGUGAUUCUCCACAUCUUUGCUGUGGAAAUGCAACCACAAACAUUGAUGCAACAUCUCUGUCAGCCACCUGCCUUUGCCACACUUUACAAUUUGCUCUAGUCACAUGCUCCUUUAGGUUUUGCCAGCUGUUUAUUUCAGGUGAUGAAGCUGCAGCCAUGAUAGUGUUUUCUUUAAUGCAACACAAUGAAAGAAUAUUUCAGAAAAAAAGUGGAAGUGAAGAAAGAGAAUCAGUUACAUAAAGACUGAUUUCUUCAGCUUGACAAGAAGGAAAAGACAAAAUUCAGUGAUGCUGCCUUUACACUGAAUUGAAAUUUGUUUUAUUUAUAUAAACAUAUUUUAGAUGCUGCAUUAGUCCAUCCAUCCAUCCA